CCCUUUCUUUGAGCAUCGGGGUUCAACGAUCUAUGCGAAUACAUUCCAUAUAAAAUCUUACUGAGCUUAACGAUGGUCGUUUGCGCUUACUGUAGCCUAUUGGGCUUGUGGUGAGGUGCACGGUCAAGCGUCCAUGCAGCCCGCACUGCUGAGAUGUUUUGGAAAGCUAAGAGAGGUUACGGGGAGAAAGGGUCAAUUGUAGCGAUGAAAACGAAGUGCUCACGCAAUCCUGAGAGCUGCCAGAAGGACAGUGUUGGGAAAUGACGGGUUUGAGCACCAAAGCUUUACGUAGAAACACUGUUGAAGAUUGAGGACUGUUCCCCAAUGGAAUGCAGAAAAGACUGCGGAACUGCCGCAGUGAAUGGAGUUGGUUUGGUUCGUUUGUUAACGGAUGAUACAAACAUUGUAUUUCUCCAGAAGAGAUAACAAAACCAGUGAGCCAAUUCCUGACGGAAGUGUUGUUUGUUUGGAAAUGACAGAAGUGUUUUCCCUCAGCCGAAGGUGAUGUAAUCACAACCAAGGCACGCGCUCACAAUAGGCUAUAGUGUUAUGAUUUUGUUGAACAAUUAUCUAGCGUCGUAAUCGCUGUCCAUGGUCCUGAUCCGCGCGGGAUGGUCGAGACGCUGAGCAUCGCCGUCAUCGGUGCGCCUGGAGUCGGGAAAACUUCUAUCAUCCGUCAGUUUAUUUACAAUGACUUCCCUGAGACUUACACCCCCACCCAAACGCGGUACGUGUACAGACCCUCGGUCUUUCUCAACGGUGUUAUGUACGACCUGAAGAUUUUGGAUGUCCCGCCAAUUUCCACCUUUCCUUCAAGCCCGAGUCAGGAGUGGCUGGAUGCACGGUGUAGAGGAGUCCGCAGUGCAAACGCCUACAUUCUGGUCUAUGACAUCUGCUGUGUGGAGAGCUUUGAGUAUGUCAAGAUGAUCCGACAGCAAAUCGUGGAAAAUAGAGUAGGCAGCAGCAGUGAGGUGCCCAUCCUGGUGGUGGGCAGUAAGAGGGACCUGCAGCGGCAACGGUUCACCCAGCGGAGGGCUGUGUCUGUACUGGUGAAGAAGACCUGGAAGUGUGGUUAUGUUGAGUGCUCCGCCAAAUAUAACUGGCACGUGCUUCUUCUCUUUAAAGAGCUCCUGGGAAUUGCCGUGACACGAGGACUCCGUCCAAACCACACCUCUAUUCGUCUACAGGGGGCACUGCACAGGAACCGCUGUAAUGUCAUGUGACUGAUAGAUACAGUA